AUUUUUCUCCGAAAGAGAAGAUAACGGCUGAUGCUAGUAAACCUCAAUCUUUUAAUCAAGAAAAUGAAACCACAACAGAUAUGAAACGAAUAAAAUCAUUAGAACCGGUGUCUUCACUCAACAGUGUACCAGAAUAUGUCUGUCAGUUCUGCUACGUGACCUUCCAAAAGGAAUAUCACAUGCGCGGACAUUUAAAACAACAUAAACCUCACGAAUGUGGAUAUUGUCAAAGGAGAUAUGACAGGGCGAUAGAUUUAAAGAAACAUAUAAGAACACACACAGGUGAAAAACCGUACCAGUGUCACGUUUGUGAAUGUAGUUACGCUCAAAAGUAUUAUUUGACGUCUCAUUUGAGAGUGCACACGGGCGAAAAACCUUAUCAGUGUAAUAUAUGUGGUAAAAAAUUCCGUACAUCGGGCCAUUUGAAACUUCACGCUGUCAUACACGCGACUGAGAAACCGUACGAAUGCGAUAUUUGUCAUCGUACGUUUAAUCAGAAAGGUGGAUUAAAAAUUCAUCUGAAAUACCAUUCCGGUGACAAGCCUUACGAAUGUAGAAUAUGUCACGCCAAGUUUAUACUUAAGGACGUUAUGGAGCGUCAUUUGCGUAGACACGAGGGUUCAGAAAAGCCGUUUCAAUGUAGCAUCUGCGGAAAGGGGUUUUAUGUAAAAGCUGAUUUGACCGUACAUUUAAGAGUACACACCGGCGAGAAACCAUUUGAAUGUAACAUUUGUCUCAUGAAAUUCACUCAAAAAAGCACUUUGACUGUACAUUUGAAAAGUCACACUGGUGAGAAACCGCACGAAUGUCACGUAUGCCAUCAUCGAUUCUACACGAAGAGUAAUUUGAAUGCACAUUUGAAGAAACACACGGGUGAGAAAAAGUUUGAAUGUAAUAUUUGUCACCGGAAAUUCACUUUCAAAUAUAGCCUCGAUAAACAUUAUAGAAUACAUACAGGCGAGAAACCCUACCAGUGUGACGUUUGUCAACGGAGAUUCAUUCAGAGCAGUCACUUGGUUACUCAUAAGAGAGUACACGGUGAUGGAAAAAUUCAUAAAAAUACAUAAAUAAAGGUCCAUUU